AGGGCUGGAUUUUGUAAACUUUCCAGGGGGUGCUAGCGAGUGAGUUUCGUUGUCGAAUCCAUAUCUUUGAGCGAAGGCGAAAAGUGGUGCAUGCUGCAUUCUGUCGCGCAUGCAGUCUCUCUCUGCGUGCGCAUGAAUAAAUGAUGAUGCUAGCCUGUGAGCGCGGCCGGCAGGCAGGGCUCAUGUGUGUGCGUGUGUUGCAUCUGUCUGUGCACACAAACGCUCUCUGUGCAGCCGCCAUUGCAAUUCCGAACACAAGCGCCAGUGGAACCGGCGAGCGAGAUGCGUGCGCGCGCUGUGUGUGCGCGCGGAUGUAUGACGGCUGCAACCUCGCAGGCAAUCUAGAUUAAGAGAGAGAGCGGGGACGAGGGAGGGGAAUUAUAGGAACAUCUGGCUGCAGUCAUUCGCAGGAGCUGUUCAAAACAGCAGCCUCCUUCCUCCUGUCCCUCUCUAUCCAUUUCUAUCUCGCUCUUUUUUUUUUUUUUUUUUGGGGAGGAGGUGAGGCUGCCUUCCUCCGACCGAUGCUCACUCAUUCCCGGUGCGGCGGAUCUCCGCUUCUUCUUCCCUCCUUGAAGGGCAUCGACAGGGCUGCCAAGGCCGGCCACAUGUUACCGGAAGCCGUGAGAACGUGUGCGGGACACCUGCAUUAAUUUGCUCCUUUUAUUACCUCUGAGGCGGAGAUGCUGGUCUUCUCCCUUUGACUGUAGGGCUGGAUGUGUUCUCUGCAAGGCGUGACCACGUGAAUAACAAGUCCAAUGGAGACCAUCCUGCUUUAUCUGAUGGUCCUAUGUGUGGCUGUCAAGGCCCACAAGGUUCAAGUUUGUCCCAAGCGUUGCGUGUGCCAGAUGCUCAACCCCAAUUUGGCCACGCUUUGCGACAAAAAGGGGCUGCUAUUCGUGCCCCCCAACAUCGACCGGCAUACGGUGGAAAUGCGCCUGGGGGAUAAUUUUGUCACAAGCGUCAAGCGCAAGGACUUUGCUAACAUGACCAAGCUGGUGGACCUGACGCUUUCUCGCAACACCAUCGGGAAUAUUGUGCCGCACGCCUUUAAGGACCUGGAGAACCUGCGGGCGCUCCACCUGGACAGCAACCGGCUGACACGCAUCACCAAUGACACCUUCAGCGGCAUGUCCAAGUUGCACCACCUCAUCCUCAACAACAACCAGCUCACACACGUUCAGAUCGGGGCCUUCAACGACCUGACGGCUCUGGAGGAGCUCGACCUGUCCUACAACAAUCUCGAGAGCGUCCCCUGGGUGGCCAUCCAGAGAAUGUCAAGCCUCCACACCCUCAACCUGGAUCACAACAUGCUCAGCUACAUCCCAGAGGGCACCUUUUCGGGUCUACAGAAGCUCAAAAGGCUGGAUGUGACCUCCAACAAGCUCCAGAAGCUACCCCCGGACCCCAUUUUCCAAAGAGCGGGGGUCCUGGCCACCUCGGGGAUUAUGGGGCCCACUUCGUUCGCAUUAAGCUUCGGCGGGAACCCUCUGCGGUGCAACUGCGAGCUACUGUGGCUAAGAAGGUUGCGACGGGAGGACGAUCUGGAGACAUGCGCUUCGCCUCAACACCUCUCAGGACGCUAUUUCUGGACCGUGUCGGAAGAGGAGUUUCUGUGCGAGCCUCCUCUCAUCACCAGACACUCUCAGGAGCUGCGGGCCCUGGAGGGUCAGAGUGUGACGCUACGUUGUAAGGCUCGGGGUGAUCCAGAUCCCAUCAUCCACUGGAUUGCCCCUGACGGACGCCUCAUGUCGAACUCUUCCAGAGCCUCCGUGCAUACCGACGGCACUCUCGACAUACUCAUCAGCACCGUCAAGGACUCAGGUUCCUUCACCUGUGUGGCGUCCAACCCAGCCGGAGAAGCCCAGCAGAAGGUGGACCUGGUCAUUGCGAAGCUGCCUCACAUUACCAACAAUACGGCUGCUGAGCAGGAGCCCGACCCGGGGUCUUCCGACAUUGCCACGGUCACCAAGACAGGAGCAGAGGGUCCGGGCGGCGGGGUGUCCCUGGGGAACGCCAAGACUGGCCUGGAGAAGAAGGUGGUCAUAGCCGAGGCUACGUCCACCUCGGCUGUGGUCCACUUUAACUUCCAGAGAAACAUUCCGGGCAUCCGCAUGUUCCAGAUCCAAUACAACGGGACCUACGACGACUCGCUGGUUUACAGAAUGAUCCCACCCACCAGCGAGAGCAUCCUGGUCAACAACCUAGCAGCGGGAACGCAGUACGACCUGUGCGUGCUGGCCAUCUAUGACGACCAGAUCACCUCGCUGACCGCCACCCGGGUCAUCGGCUGUGUUCACUUUUCCACCGAUCCGCAGUAUCUGAGAUGCCACUUCAUGCAGUCCCAGUUUCUAGGCGGGACCAUUGUGGUCAUCAUUGGAGGGAUUAUCGUGGCUUCUGUGCUGGCGUUUAUUAUCUUCCUCAUUGUGCGCUACCGGGUGUGCAACCAGGGAGAUGCAGAUAAGGCUCUGGAGAUGGGUGAUAUUCGUUCCCUGAGCAGCGACGGGCAACUUCAGGGCUGCGGACUCCCCAAGUCUCUGUCCAAGCAGGUCCUACGUCCGGAGAAGAACGACAAGGAGUAUCUGCGAGUCGCUCUCCCGCCCCUGGAGCCGGUCAAGCAGCGAGCAUCCAUCGCCAACACCGGCACAGCCAAACCUUCCCUGCCUGACUGCACCGUGUCCACUUCGGCCGCCAGCCACAGUUGGCACCCGGCUUCCCCGGGUGUCCCGAGGGUGAAGCGCCCGGCGACUUCGUCGAAAUCGUCCGACAUCCUUCGAGCUGAGGCUCAAGCUGACGUUGAACUCAACAACGUCAACCGUAAUAACUCCUCGGAGGCAAAGGUGCCACCCGUGGUAUCCCGCGCCCAAGCCCACAAAUGGACUGCAGCUCCCAGGGUCCCGCGGGCACGUCAGGCCCCUCGUCAGUACAUGACGGUGCCGGCGGGCGCCAUCAGGGUCAACCGCAGACACUCUCUCAACACGGACUCGUCCAGGGAGCGGCUGUACGUGGCGUACCCCAAAACGGGGGCCAGCCUGCGCUCCAAGCGAAGCCUGUCCAUGAGCGGAGAACUUCCGCAGAUGCACAACGCCGCAAACAUUCAACGGGCCCGCGAGAAGCUGUCCCACUCUGAGUGGCUCCUGGAGAGCACCCUAUGACUCGGCAUUUAUCGACGGAUUUUUUCCUGAACUGGAUUGUGGCCUGCUUUGAACCGCUUUGCCUUGGCGUUGGCACUCAGCCACUCCAAGGGGGGAAGCUUGAAGGUCCCCCUCGCAAAUCAAAGGGAAUACGAGCGGGUUUACGGACCAGCUUUUGUUUUAUACGCUAUAACCAAUCGACAUCUUCUUCGCGAGUAGACCACGAGAAGCACAACAUGUAUAAAACAAGCUCCUGUACAAAGAUUUUCCAAGGCAUACAGUAUAUCUCAAGGCGACUAUGGAAACACAUUUGCAUUUUUAUUCAACAUUCUUGAAAUCCAUCUUAGGGCCAAGGAUGACAAAUAAAUCCUCAAAUAUUCUUCUCUGAAACUCUUUGAGAAGUUAUUCCAUAGCCUCGAUAUCAAGCAUAAGGGACAUUAAUGACGAGUAUGGUCUUUGUCUUUCAACAAAGAUAAUUCAAGUUUGGACUCUGGAUGUUCUAAUGUGCUGAAUGGACCUGAAGAUAGAUCGCAAGGAUAAGGAAUAAAUUGCCAAAUGGCUUUCCAUUGGCGAUCCUUAUUGUCAUUCCGAAUGCAGUAACCCGGACACUCUGUACGAUAAAGACAGACGAGGACUCGCCUCUGAAUGACCUUGGUGUGUUAUUUUAUUUUUUUUAGUGUGUGUGUGGAUAUAAUGAAUGUCCUUUUACAUCCCAGACACAGCACAAUGCAGCAUUUUUUUUUUUUUCUCUCGGUGGCACGAGUUGAUUCAGCUUGAUACUGCCCUCCGAUUUGAAUCGAUCAAAUCACUUUUAUCACGUAAUUACGCAAAGACCCGACGGCAUGGUGACGUUAUGCGACGAGCUUCAGACAAAUGAAGACAUUUUCCAUGCUUCCUUCAAUCUUUCUUUUUUUUAACGUAUUAUCAUGCUGAUGUAUAAAUUAACUUGUAAAAGGAACGAGCACAACUGGAUACUGGGAGGGGGGGGGGGGUGUCAGCUCUUGAUUUUGCUGUUGUUUCUGUUUGAUGUUUAACAGUAUAAAUAAAACAGUGAUACAAGGGACAAUUCACUUGGGAUUUCCGAUACUACAAAAAAAAAAAAAAUGUUGCUUUUGGUCAAUGGCGAUACAGAUCGAGUUUGGACUGCGGGGUGUGUUAGCAAGAGGGCUGAGUCUGUUACGUAUAAGCAGUGUGACAUCAUCAUGUGAGCGUGCCCAAAAAAUUCUAUUUAUGUUAACGACGUGGCUUAGUGCUUUGUGAUGAUAUCAGUUGUG